AUGUCAUCAACUGUGCUCAAGACGAUCCCCAAAGGUGCCAAGUUCUCCACCCUUUCGCAAUUGCGUGCUGCAGUACAAUCGACAUCGGUUCCAGAUUCCAAACCUGAACCUCCAAAGCAGUACGAAUAUGGUGCUUUGAACGAUGUACAGAAGGCCUUCUUGGAUAGAGUUAUCCGUGUGGAUCAAGCGGGAGAACUCGGUGCCAAUUAUAUCUAUGCUGGGCAGUACCUGGUGCUCUCAUCGAGGGAACCACAUCUUAAACCAGUGUUGAAGCACAUGUGGGAACAAGAGAUCCAUCAUCAUAACACGUUUAAUGCACUCCAGGUGAAACAUAGGGUCCGUCCUUCUUUCAUCACCCCGUUGUGGAAAUUGGGUGCGUUCUCCAUUGGUGUCGGAACUGCUCUAAUUGGCAAAGAAGCUGCAAUGGCUUGCACCGUUGCUGUUGAGACAGUGAUUGGAGGCCAUUAUAACGACCAACUGAGGGUAUUGGCUGGUAAAUUUGACAUCCCAGCCAAGGAUCUAUUGACCGGUGAAACCGUGACUGGUGUUACAAGCGACGAACUUCACGGGCUGAAAGAAACCAUCAGAACCUUUAGAGAUGACGAAUUGGAGCAUUUGGAUACAGCUGUGGAGCACGAUGCUGAAAAGGCCGUCCCAUAUUGGCUGCUCACGGAAGCCAUUAAAUUGACAUGUAGGGCUGCCAUUUGGACCGCUGAAAGGGUUUGA